AUGUCUUUCCUCAUCGAUUCUACUGUCAGAAAAUCUUCGUUCUCUUUCACUCUCGCCCAUGCCAUAUGGAUGCCGCUCAAUGAAGCUAGGACGCCUUGGCCGGCUUUGAUAUUGGCAUUACUUGUAUACAAAAGCCAAUGUGCUCCAGAGCUUUUCUUUCCAAUCAACUCACAGGUACCACCAGUGGCAUAUGUCUCACACCUAUACCACUUCACCUUUUCCCAAGUCACGUUCGUCUCAAAUGCCCCACAGAUUUCAUACUCGAUUUCAAGAAGUCCAGACUGGCUUCAAUUCAACAGCUCGACCAGGACUUUUUCAGGUACCCCAUCUCAACAAGAUGUUGGCUCAACGACCAUGGAGCUCACGGCGGAAGAUGCCAGUGGCCGUUCCAUGAGUCUGGUCACACUCGUGGUGCUUGAGGUUACGGAAUUGUCACGUGAAGAUUCUAUCUUGUCAACCCUCAUGGAGUUUGGACCUGUCUCUCCUCCAUAUACCUUCCUAUUCCAGCCACUAGAACAAUUCGUUCUGACAUUUAAAAAGCAUGUAUUCCAUGGUACGAAUUCGAAUACAAACUAUUAUGCGACAUCUGCCGAUCGAUCUCAUUUGCCUUCGUGGAUUCAAUUCAACGCCGACGAAGUCGCAUAUACUGGCACGACUCCAUCCAUGGCUUCGGUGCGGGCUCCGCCUCACAAUUUUGGAAUUUUGCUCAUCGCAUCCAACGUUCCUGGCUUUGCAGAGGUGGCAGUCGCGUUUCAGAUCACAAUCUCUCUGCGCGUCCUGUCAUGCCGGAACCCCAGCAAUACGCUAGUCGCCGAAGUAGGAGUAUUCUUUCAAACGACGCCACUUCGAGAUAUGCUCCUUCUUGAUGGAUUGCCGAUAUCUGAUUCGCAAAUUGCCAGUGUCAUUCUGCUAGACGCGCCCCCGUGGACACAUCUCGACGAGUCCCUCAUAGCAUUGAGUGGAAUGUCUCCAAUACAUCUCAACACUUCCAUUACUGCGAUGGUCAGCGAUGUCUAUGGGGAUACCACCAAUAUUACCUGGAGAUUGGAAUUCGUGAGGUCUAAAAGUAUUUCUUGGGAGGUUCUUGCCGAGAUCAGCAUAACAGUUGGCACCUAUUUUGAGGAAUCUCUGAUGGUUGGCAAUAAAUGGGACUUUGUUGAGAUUCAAUCAACACCAGAAUGGAUGCAUUUCAACCCUUCAACAAGGUCUCUGUACGGUAAUGUUCCCAAGAAUGCCAGACCUGCAAAAUUCAGUAUAUCAGUAAUACUGACCAACACGACUACGGAAGCUACCUCAGCAAUCCUGAUUGAAUUGACAGCUGAUUAA